GCACUUUGGUUUUGCUCAUGAUUCCAACAUCUGUAGAUUAGUUUAGAAAUUCAGUGUGGAAACAGGCCCUUCGGCCCACCGAGUCCACGCAGACCAUCAAUCAAUACACUAGCUCUAUGUUAUCCCACUUUUGCAUCCUACACCUUAGGAGCAACUUACAGAAGCCAGUUAACCUAAAAAUCUGCACGUUGUUUGAAUGUGAGAGGAAACAGGAACAUCCGGAAAAUACCCACCCUGUCACUGGGAGAGCGGACAAACUCCGCACAGGCAGCACCCGCAGUCAGGAAUUGAACCAGGGUCUCUAGGGACAAUUUACAAUUUUACUGAAGCCAAUUAACCUACAAACCUGUACAUCUUUGGAGUGUGGGAGGAAACUGGAGCACCCUGAAAAAACCUACGCAGGUCAUGGGGAGAAUGUACAAACUCUGAGCAGACAGCACUUGCAGUUAAGAUGGAACACGGGUCUCUGGUGCUGUAUGCCAGCAGCUCUGUGCCACAGUGCCGCCCUGAAAUAUGAAAGGAAAAAAACAAAGUUCUGUGCAUGCUCAGCAGGUCAGGCAGUUGUAGAAAACCAUUUAAUGUUUUACACGGUGACGUUUUGAUCCAACUUCACUAAUAAAUGUGACCAAGUAAUUUUUUGUAAAGACAGUCUCUCAUGAUGGAGAAAAACUCGCUUCCACUGCGUUUUUUGGGUUCUGAGACGGUGCCCACAUAGGUCUGCGGGCCAGUGUGGAAGCUGCAGACUUUUCCACAGAUGGGUCAGGCAGUGGCUGACAGGGUAUAUGUCCCAAAGUAAGCAUGCUGAAGCAAGAGAACUUAUGUAUUCUGGUGCGUUGCUAUUCUUCAGUUACAGUCAGCUAAACAGUGCUGCUGAUUUAUCUAUGCUAGUACUAGAGUCAUUGGAAAAGUCAGAGGCUAAGGUUACAGAUGAACUCUUAGAAAGUCUCGGUAAACUUUUUAGCCUAAUGGACCCAAACUCUCCCGAGAGAGCAGCAUUUGUAUCUAGAGCAUUGAAAUGGUCUAGUGGAGGUUCAGCAAAACUUGGUCACCCUAAGCUACAUCAACUGCUAGCAGUCACAUUGUGGAAAGAACAAAACUACACUGAGUCUCGGUAUCACUUCCUGCACUCAGCAGAUGGAGAGGGCUGUGCAAAUAUGUUAGUAGAAUAUUCUGCAUCGAAGGGCUACCGGAGUGAAGUGGACAUGUUUGUGGCUCAGGCAGUCUUACAAUUUCUUUGCUUAAAAAAUAAAAACACUGCAUUACUGGUGUUCACAACUUAUACAGAUAAGCACCCCUCUAUAGAAAAGGGACCUCCAUUUGUACAGCCCUUGUUAAACUUUAUUUGGUUCUUAUUACUUGCUGUUGAGGGGGGGAAACUUACCGUUUUUACAGUGUUAUGUGAACAGUAUCAACCAUCUUUAAAGAGAGAUCCAAUGUACAUUGAGUAUCUAGACCGAAUAGGUCAGAUCUUCUUUGGAGUUGCUUCAAGACAGACUUCCUCAUAUGGAGGAUUAUUAGGAAACCUUUUGAACAGCUUGAUGGGUGCAGGAGAGGAAGAUGAGGUGGAUGGAGAAGGACCAGAAGAUGUCAAUCCUAUUGACCUUGACUAGGAAGAACAUUAACUUUGAUAUAAAGAUCUAAAGACAAUAUUCCACUGAAGAACAGUGUAAAGAACAAUCUGCUAUACUAUGGGACGUUUUACAUGACCGUUUCGAUAAGCAUCUGCAAAAGGGUUCUCUCUCCCUUUCUGUGAAGGAGGUGCAAAUGAUGUUUCCUAUCUGUCUAAAUUGGAAAUGCUGUCUUAUUUAUGUUCAGUAGACAUUUUAUGGUUUAAAGAAUGGUUCCAUUGGCUGUAUGUUGACUGAUGUAAUAAUAAGUUUUGUCUUUCUAGAUUAUUUUACAUAAGGUUUAAAUACUUUACAGCUUUGUACUGGGACGCUGAUUCCAAUGGCACUACACAGGAUGUCCUCCGUUAUGUCAAACAAGAUGGUCAUUCAAAGUUAUGUCAACAAGCAUUGGGGUGUCUCAAACUGAUAAAACUAGCUCUCAUUUUACACGGCGGAAUGGUCAUCAAUAGGAACAAACGUAAAGCUGUAAGGAUCAGCAGCUCUUGAUUUUUACACAAGUGGUGUACCAGUUGCACACAGAUUACAAAGGAUCAUGCACAAAAGAUGGGUUUAAUUACUUCUGAACCAAUAAACAAGAUUAAAGAA